AUGGCUCACGCGGAGUUGGAGAGUGCGGAGGACUGGGAGAAGGCUGCGAAGAGUGUACUGUCGGAGGCCAGCUGGGAGUACAUCUCAGGAGGAGAGGCUGGCACGAUCCAGCGGAACCGGGCGGCCUUUGCGCGCUGGGCCUUUCGGCCUCGGGUGCUGCGUGACGUCUCCUCCAUCAGUUUGGACUGCGAGGCCUUCGGGCGGCGCUGCGCCGCGCCGCUGUACCUCAGCAGCUUGGCCAAGGGCCGCCUGGUGAGCCCCGACGGGGAGGCCUGCUUCGUGCGGGCGGCGCGGCGCCUCGACGUGGCCUUCCUGGCGCCCAUGGUCUCCAGCUUGCCGCUGGAGCAGAUCGCCGCGGCUCAGGGCGAAGGUUUGGUCUUCCAGCUCUAUCUCUUCACCGACGAGGAAGAGAGCUUUGCAGCUCUCGCAAGGGCCAUCGAGCUGAAGGCUUCUGCGGUGGUCAUCACCGUGGACGCGAACGCUCCGAGGAAGGGGUCCUUUCACCGCGCCACCACGCAGGCCACCGGGGUCUUCCCCUCCCCGAAGCUGGACUGGCGGAAGCUGCUGGAGUUGAGGCGCCGCAUGCCUAGCGACCUGCCCUGGUAUUUGAAGGGCGUGCAGUGCGCAGAGGAUGCUCUACAGGCCGCCACAGUGGGCGUGACCGGCAUCAUCGUGUCGAACCACGGGGGCCGUGCUUGUGGGGAUGCCAUCGGCUCGUUGGAGGCCUUGGAGGAGGUGUGCUGCGCUUUGCGCCGUGCAGGGCUUGAGGUGGAGGUCUACUUCGACAGCGGGUUGCGCAGCGGCCGCGACGUGCUGAAGGCUUUGUGCUUGGGCGCGCGCGCCGUUGGGUUGGGGCGGCCCUACUACUGGGCUGCAGCGGUGGACGGCGACCGAGGCAUCGUGGCUUUGGUGGAGAUGCUCUCAGCGGAGCUCCACCACGCCAUGGCGCAGAUCGGGGCGCCGUCGCUGAAAGCGCUGGGGCCCCACUUCCUGCGCCCUGUGCCGGCGGUUCCGGCGCCGGAGGCCAACUUCCGGAGCCUCACCAAGGAUGAGCUCUGGAAGGCCUUCUUUGCCCAGAGGGAGCGGUACAAGGUGCGGGAGCCGAUGUGCGGCUCCCUGGCCGAGGAGCUGCAGAGGAAGGAGGACCAGGUCGACUGGGACCUGAUCAUGGAGGCCUUCAACGUGCUGUCCGAGCCGCAGGCGCGGGCUGAGUAUGAGGAGCGGAACUUGGCGUCUCACGCGCAGCAUCAGCUUCUGGGCCUCCGGGUGAUGCAUGAGGCAAGGAUGAGAGAGGAGGAGGAGCUGCGCACCAAGCAGGAAGCGGCAGCCGCAGAGGUUCAGGAAUGA